AUGGUUCGUUCACGAGGCUCCGGAUGCGUUACUUGCAGGCACGCAAGGAUCCGACGCGUUAAAUGCGACGAGGGAAAGCCAUCAUGCCAGCGGUGCUUGUCCACAGGCCGCAAUUGCGACGGCUAUCUCCCAACCACGUCCAACAUCUCCCGCCGCGACUUGGCGGCGCUUGCUCAAGAGUCAUCCCUCGGCGAGCGGCUAGUGCUGACUCGGAGGCCCGCUCAAGCGCCGGCGUCCCUGUCACCCUCUCCAUUGGGGUCGGCUCGCUCCAGCCCACAGCCGCGCGAGUGCCAGCUGUUUGAUCUCUUCCGCUCGGCUACGGGGCCGGCCACGGAGACCCUCGCGCCCUCGUCGUUCUGGACCCGUGACAUCCUCCAGCUGGCGCACGUCGAACCCGCCGUGUGGCAUGCCGUCGUGGCCCUGGGCGGGCUGCACUGCCGUUGGCACGACGAUACUGCCAAGGCGCUGAGCCUUACACCCCCUCCUGUCCAUGAGGUCGAGCUUCACUACCACCAUGCCGUCACACUCGCCCAGCGGAUGCAGCAACCCGAGCGAGCGCUGGCGCUGAGCCUGGCCCUCGGCGCCGUGGCGAACCUGAUGGGCUCGCUGCGCGAGAGCAGGGUGCACGUGGCGGCGGGCCGCAAUCUGCUGUGCAGACUGGGCAAAACCGACGAGGUGCGCGGCAUGGCCGAGAUCGUGGCGCGCAUGGACUUUGAGGCUUUCUCCUUCGGCGAGGCAACGGCGCCGUACGAGCUGCAAGACCCGGCGUUGCUGCGCUACGACGUGCCCCGGAACCUGGUCAUUACGAGCUACGAGCAAGCGAUCAGCAGUCUGCUCCGGAUGUUGAGGGUGGUGAUGAUGUCAGACGAGGGCUUACCCACGGAGAUAAACGGCAUUGCUAUGGAUGGGAGGUUUGAGGUCGACUUGCGAGCAUGGGAGAGAGCAAUGGGCAACUUCGAGGGUGGCGUGGACAUAUCAAGCCACGAGAUGUCUGCCCUAUCCGUGCGAUUCUACCAUGCUCUUGUCAGAUUAGGCAUCACUUUUGUACAUCCAGGUCCUGAAACGCGGUUCGAUGCCCAGCUAGAUCUGUUCUCCAGGCUUCUUGUUCUGGCUGAGGCACUGGAACAAAGGAUGGGUAGCUCGAUACAAACGAUGACGAUGGAGCCAGGUCUGGUCAUGGCUUUGUUCUUGAUCGGUUCAAGGUGUCGCCACCCUGUCGUGCGGUGGAGGAGCGCACGACUGCUGCUGAAAUUAAAUAGACAAGAAGGUCUGUGGCGAAGCGACGCAUUUGGGGCGGGCUUGAAGAGAAUAAUCGAGGUCGAAGAAGAGGAGAUGCAACGGCUGAGCGGCGGUGAGGAUGAAAGACCUCACUCGCUCUCGGCUAACACCCUCACCAACUUAGAUGACGGGAAUGAUAUUGACGAUAGGCUGAGGGCAAGUAUAGCUGUACAGUGGACGGCUUGGGCUGACCCGAGAUUCGCGUUACCGUCGUUGGAAACUUGGAAUGGAGUAGCGAUCAUCCCGGAAGAAGGCAGGAUUCGAGCAUUUGUUCCCACGAUAUCUGUCGAAGACAGAGUUGUGUCAGCAACCUUCUUUAUGUCACACGGUAUUGCGCCAAGCCCUCACUUGAUUCCUCGUGUCAGGGAGGAGAAGUGUCGAUUUUGA